AUGUACAAAGAAUGGGAAGAGCGUGUAGAGACCAUAGGAAUACAACCAAUUAGAGAUAUGACCUUGGUAUCAGCGGUUUCGCUCACGAUUAUUUUCAUUAGACACAUCGUGAGGAAGAAGUUCGGUCGACUUCUUAUGAAAAUAUUGAACCAAAGCAAAGACGAGAAGGAAAAGUGCCGAAAAAAGUUUGAGGGAUCGCUAUACCGCUUUGUCUACUAUGCAUACUCGCUUUCAUUCGAAAUAUUCGCGUUACGUAACCAGAGCUGGAUAUUCUCUCCUGUCCAAUACACCUUUAAUUGGCCUAAUAACAAUGUGCCGCUUGUAUUCAGGCUGCACCACCUCGUUCAGCUGUGUUAUUAUCUGACUAGCACGUGUUUUCUGUUCGUAGAACCCAAGUUGAAGGAUUUUUAUCAGAUGCUGAUUCACCACAUAAUAACAAUCACACUGAUUUCAUCCGGCUACUACUACAACCUGGUACGGUACGGUAUUAUGGUGAUGAUAAUACAUGAUUCGGCGGAUCCUUUUCUUGAAUUUGCGAAAUUGAACGUAUAUUCCAAGAAUAUGCUCAUAGCCAACAUUAUUUUUGUGAUUUUUGCGGUAAUCUUUAUGGUUCAGCGACUCUUAAUCUUUCCUGGGAUCAUCAUAAUACCAUCCAUGUACUUCUCAUUUUGCUAUGGCAGAAUGGUUCUAACCGUGUUAUCAAGCAUUCUUGCAAUGCUUUUCUGUGUCAACCUAGUUUGGGCCUAUUAUAUUCUGAAAAUGGCAGCAGACUUAGUAAAGAAGAAACAGGUAAGUGGUGAUAUAAGAGAAACUAGCAAGAACGAAUAG